AUGCUUCCUGCCAUUCCAAUUCCCGAGAACUAUGGAGUUACCGCACAGAAAGGCUUUCUGCCUACUGAAUCUCCGCUCGAGAGACUGCCCGACCCUUACUACAACAAAUGGGAGGCCAUCAUAUCCAACCUCCAAGGGUUAAUCUUAAGCAAACGACUUCGUGGAGUAAUUGAUCGGUUGCCAGUGCUUUCCUGUGUUGGUCUAGAGCAUGAGUCUGAAUGGCGAAGGGCGUAUUCUAUACUUUCCUUUAUGGCCCAUAGCUAUAUCUGGGGAGGUGACCGUCCGUCUGAGCGUCUAGCUCCCAGUAUCUCUAUUCCAUUGCUUCAGGUUUCCGCACAUCUCGAGAUUCCUCCGGUCGCCACCUACGCUGCUGUUUGUCUCUGGAAUUUCAAGGUUCUAUUUGAAGACGAGGAUAUUGACAAUGUAGAGAAUCUCGCGACCCUUUGUACCUUUACCGGAUCAACUGACGAAUCAUGGUUCUACCUCGUUUCUGUGGCUAUCGAAGCGCGGGCUGGACCUACCAUUCCCACCAUGUUGAAAGCCAUUCAAGCAGCGCGAGUCAACGACAGUGAGACGGUUACAAGUUGCCUACAGUCCUUUGCCGAGGCCAUCUGUGACCUCGGACGACUGCUCGAACGCAUGCACGAAAGAUGCGAUCCUCACGUUUUCUACCAUCGCAUCCGUCCAUUUCUCACUGGAAGUAAAAACGCCGCCGAUGCUGGUUUGCCAAACGGUGUUUUCUACGAAGACGCGACGGGCUCAGGAAAAUACCACCAGUACUCAGGGGGCAGCAACGCGCAGAGUUCUAUCAUCCAGUUCUUCGAUAUCGUACUCGGCAUUCAACACUUUCCAACGGGUGAAGGAAAAAAUGGCUCAGCUCCCAUGACGGUUCCACCGCGGCCGAGUCAAAACUUUAUUCACGAAAUGCGAAACUACAUGCCAGCUCCUCAUCGCCAGUUCCUAAAUGAUGUGAACAAGGUGGCUAAUAUUCACAGUUACGUCCACAGUAACCAACAUAACGACGAAUUGACCUUGGCCUAUGACGCCUGUUUGAAGAUGCUGUCCGACUUCAGGACUACGCAUUUGAAAAUAGUUUCAAGAUACAUAAUUAUUAAAUCGCACGAGGCGAAAUCCAUUCAAACGCAAAAACUACUGGGCCUAGGUAGCACCAACAAGCCUGACGUACCUACAGCAACAUCUAAAUUACCAGAUCAGGGCGUUUCCAAAAAAAAACUGCACGGUACCGGUGGAACAUCACUUCUCCCUUUUCUGAAGCAAGCACGAGACGAGACGGGCGAGUCGGCUGUUAACGCUUGGGCGAAGCGCAUCAUGAGCCGAGGAAGUGAUUGGAACGGUCGUAACGCCAGCCUCGAAGGAAAGACGAAUCAAAAGCUGCCAGUCGAGCGUCAGGCUAGCAACUCCGCAGCCUGCUGGACUAACGAUGGAAUCGUUGGUGGUCUUUGCCAAUUCUAG